AUGGAACUUGUGAUGAUACACUUGGUUCAUAUAGAUGUACCUGUAACGUUGGCUACUCUGGAGAUGGAUACCAUUGUUCAGGUAAAGGGUUAUACUUGCGACAUCGACGUGUAGUCAAUUGGUAUUAAUCCGUCAAUUGAUCGAUUUGAACACAAACUAGCUAAAAACGAUGAAUUUUAAGUACUGAAUAUACCGUAAAAUUAUGAAGCAUAUCCAACUGACGCGUUCAAAUUUUUAUGGUGAAUAUAUUCAAAAUCUCGCAAAGACGCUGAAUUCAAGUUCAAAAUAUUUUGAACAUUAUUGCGCGUCAUCUUGGGUACGGAUUUCUUGAAUUUCAUUCAAUAAAUUAUUGCCUAAAACGCAUAGCAGUUGCGUUCUUAUAUUAUAAAUGGUAGAAAGUGGUAAUGCAGCCAGCCUUUAUAAUCUAGAUAAUUAUAGAAGAACAAAAUUUAGACUGAAUUGCUAUUAAUAUUUUUUUCUGAGUAUUUUUUAGGAAAGUUUGUAUGCAAAAGGAAAAAUGAUGAAAACAGUUCGUAGUUGUAAGACAAAUAUCCUACUCAUCGCAAACCAUUUUUCAAAUAUAUCUGCUAGAAUUCCUGAUAUAAAAGACCGGAAUAGCUUUGAUCGAUGAUCGGACUAUUGCUGUUGCUAUUGCUAUUGCUAUUGCUAUUGCUAUUGCUAUUGCUAUUGCUAUUGCUAUUGCUAUUGCUAUUGCUACACUGCAAAACGUAUAUUUACGUGGUUGGUUAAAUAUGUCUGAGCUUCAAAAUUCUUCAUGACAUCCCGCCAAUCGUUGCAUGUUUCACAUAUUUUCACAUUUCUGUUGCAUUUUUAUUCUUAUUUCAUUCUGAAGCUUUAAUGUAGCUGAAUAUGUAUUGUACAAGCAUUGCACGGUAUAAAGCUGAGAAGUGGACAGAAUUGUGGAAAUCAUUCUGUAUAUACAGACGAAGGUAUAAUUGCUUAUUUUUAUCUAAUUACAUGCGCCAAUUAUAAGUUUUCAUGGAAAUAAAAAUUAUUUUACUAUUUUUUCCAUUAAAAUUAGUAAAAUGCAUAAUAGAGUUUUCUUUAGCUGGAAAUACCAAACAGAGAUAACAACUGAGAAGUUUGUCUAGUUCACCUUGCACUUAACUACUGUACCUCUAUAUACAAAUUGCGAACUAAGAUAAGUUGGUGCCGUUCCUGUCAUACAUUUAAAAUCCAUGAUUUCUUCACGCCGAUAAUAAAGUUUUAGUUUUACAGGUGUUGUGUUACUAACUUGACUUUAAUACUAGUUCAGGCCUUAUAUACAUAUCAUGAUUUAUGCUAAUAAUAUACAAUAAUAAUAUGCUAAUACAACAUCUCCCUUUUUUAAAUAUUUUUUAACGUUUUUCUAAAGUAUUAAUCUACGUGUUCGUUAAUCAAUUUGUUCAAUAAUUAACUAAUUAAAAUUUAAUUGAAUAUAAGUUAACUUUACUGGUUCUACAGUUCUAUUAUGUUCUAAGCAAGUCCUUUGCUCUCGCGUGCUUUUAACGAUAGUUUUACAGUUCGUUUUGGCCUUGAAUAUAUAUUGAGUUCAGGAAUAUUAUUAUCCUCCGACUCACUAGUUUCUCUUUGCGCGAUAGUUUUUUCUGGCAGUGGAACCAACUGAACACGGUUGCGUUUAAUAACACCAGUUGGAGUCUCAACUUCAUACUGUCGUGGACUUUCCGUACUAGUCUUUACAACACCAUUUUCUGGGUGUGUGGAAAUAUGAACUUCAGUUCCUUGAGGUAUUUGUUUAAGUGGCACUGCACAAUGUCGGGUAUUGAAGAACUUCUGUUGUUGUAGUUUGGACUAAGCUUCGUGUUCCUGUAGCUUAAUAAGAUCGGGCCACUUCGGUGUUAACAAUUUAUGGAAUGUUGGUACCGUUGUGCGAAUCUUUCUUCCCAUCAGCAACUCGGCUGGGGAAUAUCCACAGGAUAACGGUGUAGAUCGGUAAGCUAGCAAAGCUUUUUAUUUCUCUUUCUCUUUCUUGAGCAGUCUCUUUAUGGUUUGUACGGCUCGUUCUACUUCACCAUUUGACUGAAGGUACUUCGGACUGCUGUGACAAACUUCGAAUCCCCACUCGUUCGCGAAAUGGAGGUAUUCGCCGCUAUCGAAAGGGGGUCCAUUAUCUGAUUUAACUCUCUCCGGGAUACCAUGUCGCGAGAAAAUGGACUUCAGGACUCUGCAAACUUCGGUUGCUGUGCUCAAUUUCGACAUACCGUGAAAAGUAAUCAACUAUAAUUAAGUAAUCAAUGUUCUCGCAUUUGAAAAAGUUGAUUGCCAAAGUUUGCCAUGGUCUUUCUGGAAACGAUGUAGGAAACAACGGUUCAGUUUUUUUACCAUAUGCAUGGCACAUGUCCGACAAUGCAUCGUACUUCUUUUGGUCGCCUUCAGCGAUACCGAGAGAUUGCACAAUAUCGUCCGCUUCUUUACCCAUUGAAUAAAUCAAGGUAUUAACUUGGCUUUCUUCGCUUUCUUUCUCGAGACCAGACGCCAUCCUAAAUCGCUCAAAUCUCCGACUCCAUUUCAACCAAUCUUCUGGCUUGAAAGUAAAUUUUUCCGGCGGUUGCACUUGAAAAGAUGCCAUUUUGGCUAUCUCUAACGCAAUCAAGGGACCAGAGUCUUUCCACUCUUUUGCUUCAUUUCUUGACUUUAAUACUAGUUCAGGACUUAUGUACAUAUCAUGAUUUAUGCUAAUAAUAUACAAUGCUACAGGCAUCCAUGCAUCUUAUUUCCUUUAAUACCGUACGAGUUAUACAGGGUGUAUAAGCGCGCUAUUGUAUCUGAAUUCAGCGCGCUAUUGUAUCUGAAUUACUCUGCGUAUGAACGAGAUUUUUUCAUCUUCUGAAAGAUCAGGUUUUUAGCUGUUGAAUGAUAAAAAAUAAGCCAAAUAGAUAAAAAAUAAGCAAGAACGAGUAUGAUAAAAAAAUGCUAGUCAGAAUUGCAUAUUUUCACAGUUGAGAGUCGGGUCUAAAACCAUUGAAAAUUAACCCUCUUCGGUACUUAAGUUGAUGAAUUUCAUUUCAAUAAACUACGCACAUAUUCAUCAUAAUCAUUAUAUGGCUUUUCAAAAUUCUCUAUUCUGAUUGGUUGACAAGCGAUCCGUAAAAGCCCAUAUCCGGACCGUGGUCCGUAUUUUCCGUAUCUGGAUCGGUGUUCCGGAUGUCCUUUAUCUGGCGGGAAAUUUUUGCUUUGCAAACAGAAAUAUUUUUUCUUUUUAAAUUUCCAAUUGUGCUUUACAGAUAAAAAUUCCAAACAACCAAAUUGUUUUCUAUUCAACAUGCAUGCCUACAGUAUAUUGUUACCCAGUGAAACUGACGAUAGCCGAAUUAAUUUUAAUUCGCGCGAAAAGCAUAUGCUCACAGACUCAGUUCAGCCAUAUAAUAAACCGAUUAUUGACCUCGCUUGUUCGGUCUGUACUGUGAAAUUUCAGACCUUCGUCGCUCGGUCCAUACUAAAAGACCUCCGUCUGAUAUUUCACAGUACAGACCUCACGCUCGGUCAAUAAGCCGUUAUUUUUAUUAAUUAAGUAGGAAUAAAUCUGAGCUAAGCUACGACAAGUUCGUGAUUAAUUGCUUUUUCUUUUGUUAGGCAUAGAGGUGAAAAUAUGCUAUUCUGACUAUAACAUUUUAUCGGACUUGUACUUGCUUAUUUUUUCUCCACUUGGCAUGAAAAACAGGUCAUUCAGUAGCUAAAAGUCUGAUUUUUCUGAAUACGAAGAAAAUGUUCAUACGCUGAGUAAUUCACGCACAAUAGCGCGCUGAAGUUCGAUUACCUUUUUUUAUACACCCUGUACUAUGGCUGUAUAGUCAUAUUUCCUGUUUUGACUAAUUAAUAUGCACAACGUGACAGUUCUAGGAGAGUUGUCAUAAUGCAAAUUAUCAGUUUGGAGAAAAAUGUCUCCACCCCUAAUUAUAACAAAAUAUCAUGCUAAAUGCUACACUCCCAACGGCGCUAAGAGUGAUGACAUACCUAUCUGACAUGGCGAGCUAGCCAUGGCAACUGAUCAUGUCAUGUUAUUAAUAAACCUGUACCAAAAUAAUUUAAAGACAAUAGAUUACUAUGGGUUUGAACAACAAAAACACACUAUCAGUCAGUGUAAUUAUAAAUUUGCACAACAGGACUAGCUGCUCAGUAUUGCUAGUCUCGCCACUGCAAGUCUGCAAUCUGUUUAUGUUUUUCAUUGCGUCUUGAGAACCAGAGAUUUCGAUAUAUUUGCAUGUGUUUCGAUUGUAUCUUGUGAGUGUCUGCUGUAUUGUGUCAUUGGUAUUUCCCAUUGGUAUAGUUCACUCAAAUUCAUGAUUUCGAAAUGCAGCGUGAGAUAAUAGAAUAUAUUAUAGUAUCUCACGCUCGCGUAUAGCGUUCCGUUGCGGACAAAAUAGCGUAAUUAAAAAAAUUAUUCCAAAUUAGCGUGUUUUAUUCCAAAAUUAAUAAAUUAAAAAACUUAGGCCAAUUUUUAUAAAAUGCUGUCAAAAAUGUUGUAAAUCCUCGAUCGGAAUUUAAAAAAAAACAACAUUUAAAAGAAUCUUUCUUGCAACUAUCCCGACAUUACUGUAUUUCUCCGAAACGUAAGGAACUAUUCUAUGUUUCCUCUUUCAGAGUGUUUUAUUGUUUUAUUAAAAUUAUUUAAACACGGUAGCCAUUCAGCAUUCGCUGGUUUUAAAUGGGCCGUGUACACAAUAAAAAUUUACAAUACUCGCGUGUACACUAUUUUUUGUACAAUCCAACCAAAGCUAUUGUACAUAUCCUAGCCACACCCAGUUUUUUGAAUAUACAGUACUGUCCGUAUAAUGUUUGUUCAAAGAUUCAACAUUAACUUUUAGCAACAACAGAUACAAAUACAAAUCGAAACGAGGCAGCAGUUAGAGAAAAUGUUUCCAAUGUCCAGCUAGACCAGAACCUAUAACGAAUGCUAUUGAAAAGUCUGUGAAUGUGCAUGAAGCAGUUGACAUCUUACUUGGCAGUACAGCUUGGCUCGCCAACAAGCUUUAUGCAAUAGAAGAAAAAAUCAAGGAGGUACAUGUAGCCAACGUGUACCGUCACGGACCUUGUCUUUGUUUACUGUCUAGCACAACGCCGUUGUCAACGGUGCAAACUCGUGUUCAGUGCAACGAUAAAAAUUUCACGUAUAUUUCAAUAUUACGUACAUUUCACCCGUAAUUCAUACUUUUUAAUCGUUGUACCUCAUAUUUUUUGGGUUAGAAUUUUUAUCUAUAAGGGCACUUUCGCCCCCCCCCCUGCCCCCCUUAUGGGCGAUGCCCCCUGCGCCCCCCUUUCCGGCGUCCCUGAUUGUCGGUUUUUAUUGCGACUGACGAUGUCUGUAAAGCAAUGUGUCACCUCUAAAUUAGCAAUGUUCCAGAUUAUAGGAUCCAAGAGAUUCUCCAUGAGGUUAGGGUUAUGAGAGAUGAAAUACCAUACGUGACUUUUACAGUAUCAUGACCAUUUUAAUUAUUUCUAAAUUUUAUAUUGUCUUUAUAUCUAGUUCCAAGGAUUGGACGACGUACCCUACAAGUUUAA